AGAGAGACACGCACAGCAGUCGGGCCACGUCCACCUAAGGAACAGCCACGGCUCAGGCGGAGCGCUGCGGAGGAUCCUGGAUCACCCUCCCCAGGAUCAGGCUGGGUGCGGCCCGGGAGCCCUGCUCUAGGUGGACGCCCAGGGCUGAGGAGCCACCGGUCCCGCCUGCCCGCCGGGCUACCGCGCGCGGGCGCAUCUGCAUCGCCGCAUCCUCGGAUGAAAGGCGCCUGCAAGGCUCCAGAAAACACAAGUCUCCUGGCUGUUUUCUGGGCUGGGUCUCCGGCUCCACCUCCGGCUCCCGCUCGGCCUCCCGCUCGCCCUCCGCGCCCGGCUCCCCGCGCGCCCGUCCCGAGUCCGCUGCGCGCCGGCGGCCGCCCGGUCAUGUCAGGAUGGAGAUCCGGCAGCACGAGUGGCUCUCGGCCUCCCCGCAUGAGGGCUUCGAGCAGAUGAGGCUCAAAAGCCGCCCCAAGGAGCCCUGCCCAAGCCUGACCCGAGUGGGCGCGAACUUCUACAGCAGCGUCAAGCAGCAGGACUACAGCGCCAGCGUCUGGCUCCGGAGGAAAGACAAGCUGGAGCACUCCCAGCAGAAGUGCAUCGUGAUCUUUGCCCUGGUGUGCUGCUUUGCCAUUCUAGUUGCACUGAUCUUUUCAGCUGUGGACAUCAUGGGAGAGGAUGAGGAUGGACUCUCAGAAAAAAAUUGCCAAAAUAAAUGUCGAAUUGCCCUGGUGGAAAAUAUUCCUGAAGGCCUUAACUAUUCAGAAAAUGCACCAUUUCACUUAUCACUUUUCCAAGGCUGGAUGAAUUUACUCAACAUGGCCAAAAAGUCUGUUGACAUAGUGUCUUCCCAUUGGGAUCUCAACCACACUCAUCCAUCAGCAUGUCAGGGUCAACGUCUUUUUGAAAAGUUGCUCCAACUGACUUCACAAAAUAUUGAAAUCAAGCUAGUGAGUGAUGUGACAGCUGAUUCAAAGGUAUUAGAAGCCUUGAAAUUAAAGGGAGCCGAGGUGACGUACAUGAACAUGACCGCUUACAACAAAGGCCGGCUACAGUCCUCCUUCUGGAUCGUGGACAAACAACAUGUAUAUAUCGGCAGUGCAGGUUUGGACUGGCAAUCCCUGGGACAGAUGAAAGAACUCGGUGUCAUCUUCUACAACUGCAGCUGCCUGGUCCUCGAUUUACAAAGGAUAUUUGCCCUAUAUAGCUCAUUAAAAUUCAAAAGCAGAGUGCCUCAAACCUGGUCCAAAAGACUCUAUGGAGUCUAUGACAAUGAAAAGAAAUUGCAACUUCAGUUGAAUGAAACGAAAUCUCAAGCAUUCGUGUCGAAUUCUCCAAAACUCUUUUGCCCUAAAAACAGAAGUUUUGACAUAGAUGCCAUCUACAGUGUGAUAGAUGACGCCAAGCAGUAUGUGUACAUUGCUGUCAUGGACUACCUGCCUAUCUCCAGCACAAGCACCAAAAGGACUUACUGGCCAGACUUGGAUGGAAAAAUAAGAGAAGCAUUAGUUUUACGAAGCGUUAGAGUUCGACUCCUUAUAAGCUUCUGGAAGGAAACGGAUCCCCUUACGUUUAACUUUAUUUCAUCUCUUAAAGCGAUUUGCACUGAAAUAGCCAACUGCAGUUUGAAAGUUAAAUUUUUUGAUCUGGAAAGAGAAAAUGCUUGUGCCACAAAAGAACAAAAGAACCACACCUUUCCUAGGUUAAAUCGCAACAAGUACAUGGUGACAGAUGGAGCAGCUUAUAUUGGAAAUUUUGACUGGGUAGGGAAUGAUUUCACCCAGAAUGCUGGCACGGGCCUUGUUAUCAACCAGGCAGAUGUGAGGAACAACAGAAGCAUCAUUAAGCAACUUAAAGACGUGUUUGAAAGGGACUGGUAUUCACCAUACGCCAAAACCUUACAGCCAACCAAGCAGCCGAACUGCUCCAGCCUGCUCAAACGCAAAGCUCCCUCCAACAAAACUGCCACAGACAAUGCAGGAGGGAAGGAGGCCUGGAGCGUAUAACGGGAACGAACAAACUGAUGUGGCAGGUCGGCAUUUCUUAUUUAUACAUAAAGGACUUGAGGAGAGAAAACACUUUAAUAUGUCUUUUUUUUUAGGGAAAAAGCACACUUAUAAAAAUAUUCUCUGAAUGACACACAAUACCUAUCUAACACUAUCUUAGCGUCGUGUACACUAAAAUUAAGACUUUUGUAUUUAUUACCUCUGACAGAGAAUGUCAUUCUGGCGUAGAAGUUAGUUUUUACGUUUGCAUACCAAUUUUAAGACUUUGAUUCCUGUUCCUUUCUAGUUUUAGAACUUUUUCUGCUGACCCACCUGGUCAGUUGCUAGGAAGCUUAGCAUGAGGUGAGCUCUUUAACACCAUUCUGAGAACUGCUGAUUUAGAGAGGAAGAUGAGGAUUUUGCCUUGGGGAAGAGAUUGAUAAAACCAAGUGUUUAUCCUUGCAAAUCAUCUCCAAGACCUAUGCAGUCAGCUAAGCACGAACAGCUUAUAUCUCAUGCCAGCCUUCAACGCCCUUGAAAAAGAUCCUUUUCGGCCUUCCUUUCUUCUUACACCAAAGGUUGUAUUUGAUAUCAUUUUCUCUUCCCACAAAAUGUUCCCAUUAUACAGCAUUUUCUGUAUUCACCUCAACAUUACUUCUAACUCUGAUAAUAUCUUUUGAAAACAUACGAAUUUCUCAGAACGGACACAAAGUGGAGAUAGCAGUCUUUCAUUUUCACCUUUCAACCGCAUCUCUUUUUCCCUACCCAAUUGGUAUUUUAAAAGAACCACAGUCAGCAAUAUGUAUCCUUUCUCUCGAGCUCAGAAAAAUUAUGUAGCCACCUGCUAAUAUCCAGCAAGUUAUCAAGUCUGCAUUUUGAGAAUAAAGUAGUUUUUCACAUUCUUGUUUAGUUUAUGGUAUUAUAAAGGAAUGAUCUCUAUGCGCCAGUGGAUUUUAAUUUCCUUAGAAUCAUUAUGCUGUUGAGAGUAUGCCAGCAAACAUUUAUAGAGCUAUUUAAUAUACCUGCUAUUUAAUAUACCAAAUGCUUUUCAGAGAAAUGCAAUUUAAAUAACUGUGCUUAACAUAUUUUACUAAGAAACAGAAAUAUUGAAUUAUUGUUCUAUAA